AUGUUUGCCAAGAAAACAAAGCCGAAGAUUGGAUGUUACCGUAAUGUCUUUGCUCUUUUGUUUCGUUCUUCGAGAUCGACGAAAUGGCGAAAAGCUUCGAAGUGUAAACUCAACAUCGAGAAUCUGCUCUGCUCUAUCAAAUUACAUCAGAGACGAAGAGAGUGUAUGGUUCGACAAGCCAAGUCCGAUAUCGCUCAACUCCUUCCUAAUGGUCGCAUUUCGGAAGCACUUCCUAAGGCGAAACAAAUCUAUGAAAACGAGAAAAGUUUAUCGGCGUACGAUCAUGUCGAGGACUUCUGCACAUUGAUAUUGCAGGAUUUUUCUUUGUUAAAUCAUCAGAGCGAUGUUCAUUUCUUACCGGAAGAAACCAAAGAAUCAAUGGCUGGAUUGAUAUUUGCCGCUUCAAGAAUUGGGGAGCUUAAGAAGCUUCAGUUUAUAAGGAGCUUGUUCGUUGAAAGAUUUGGGCUUGAGUUUGACAAAGAUUGCGUAGAUUUGCGUCCAGGAAACCUCGUGAGUUUGGAGAUCAUUAAGAUUCUAGACACGAAGAUGCCGGGAGAAGCUAUUAGUCCAGAGAUUGUGAUGGGAAUUUACCAAAAGUACCAAACUGACAUCGCUGGUUCUGUGGAUUCAGUAACUGAAGAGUCAGCUUCAAGACUGGAAAGGGUUGUUAUAAGAGAGAAUUCGAAGUUUCUGCACUCAAAUCUUGGAGAGUCUCAAGGAAGCAAUCGAUCAUCGUUCAUGCGAUAG